AAUAAUAAUAAUAAUAAUAAUAAUAAUAAUAAUAAUAAUAAUAAUAAUAAUAAUAAUAAUAAUAAUAAUAAUAAUAAUAAUAAUAAUAAUAAUAAUAAUAAUAAUAAUAAUAAUAAUAAUAAUAAUAAUAAUAAUAAUAAUAAUAAUAAUAAUAAUAAUAAUAAUAAUAAUAAUAAUAAUAAUAAUAAUAAUAAUAAUAAUAAUAAUAAUAAUAAUAAUAAUAAUAAUAAUAAUAAUAAUAAUAAUAAUAAUAAUAAUAAUAAUAAUAAUAAUAAUAAUAAUAAUAAUAAUAAUAAUAAUAAUAAUAAUAAUAAUAAUAAUAAUAAUAAUAAUAAUAAUAAUAAUAAUAAUAAUAAUAAUAAUAAUAAUAAUAAUAAUAAUAAUAAUAAUAAUAAUAAUAAUAAUAAUAAUAAUAAUAAUAAUAAUAAUAAUAAUAAUAAUAAUAAUAAUAAUAAUAAUAAUAAUAAUAAUAAUAAUAAUAAUAAUAAUAAUAAUAAUAAUAAUAAUAAUAAUAAUAAUAAUAAUAAUAAUAAUAAUAAUAAUAAUAAUAAUAAUAAUAAUAAUAAUAAUAAUAAUAAUAAUAAUAAUAAUAAUAAUAAUAAUAAUAAUAAUAAUAAUAAUAAUAAUAAUAAUAAUAAUAAUAAUAAUAAUAAUAAUAAUAAUAAUAAUAAUAAUAAUAAUAAUAAUAAUAAUAAUAAUAAUAAUAAUAAUAAUAAUAAUAAUAAUAAUAAUAAUAAUAAUAAUAAUAAUAAUAAUAAUAAUAAUAAUAAUAAUAAUAAUAAUAAUAAUAAUAAUAAUAAUAAUAAUAAUAAUAAUAAUAAUAAUAAUAAUAAUAAUAAUAAUAAUAAUAAUAAUAAUAAUAAUAAUAAUAAUAAU